AUGGGUCCUAAACCAGAUCAACGUUUGGUUGCUAUGGAGACUAAGGUUAGCGAUCUACAGAAUGAGUUGAAGGCGUUGAAACUCACCUCGGAGAAAAACAUGAGCGUCCUUGAGCGGAUCGAGAGGAGGAUCGUUGAGGUAUCGGUGAAUCAGCAACGCGAGAGGCAAGCUUCUCUGAUGGGUGUGCCAGUGGGAUCACCACAAACCAGCCCCACCUUUGGCCAUCGCUCGGGAAAAGAGGUAGUUGGGGAAACGUCGAUCUAA